GGAGAAAGAGGGAAGCUCAGCACCAUGGAAAACACAGGAGCCACUGGAGCCUGGUGACAAGGUGAUGUUGUCCAUCACCCGCAUGACAGAGGGUGAUGCUGGUAGAUAUCGCUGUCAGUAUCGCAGCCCUGCUGGCUGGUCAGAGCGCAGUGACCCCCUGGAGCUGGUGGUGACAGGAGUCUACAGACAACCCAGCCUCUCAGCCGUGCCCAGCCCUGUCGUGACCUCAGGAGGGAACGUGACCCUCCAAUGUGGCUCAGGGCAGGGAUUUGGCAGGUUCAUUCUGACUAAGGAAGGAGAUCACAGGCUCUCCUGGACCCUUGACUCACAGCGACAGCCCAGUGGGCAGUUCCAGGCCCUGUUCCCUGUGGGCCCUGUGACCCCCACCCACAGGUGGAUGUUCAGAUGCUAUGGCUGUUCCAGGAACAGCCCCCAGGUGUGGUCACACCCCAGUGAUGCCCUGGAGAUCCUGGUUUCAGGUGAGUCUGGGAAGCCCUCCCUCCUGAGCCAGCAGGGCCCCAUCAUGGCUUCUGGACAGAGCCUGGCCCUCCAGUGUCGCUCUGAUGUCGGCUAUGAGAGAUUCGCUCUGUCCAAGGAGGGGGGACGGGACCUUCCCCAGAGCCUUGUCCUGCAGCCCCAGGCUGGGCUCUCUCAGGCCCACUUUCUCCUGGACACUGUGAGCAGCUCCCACGGGGGCCGGUACAGAUGCUACGGUGGAUACACCCUCUCCUCUGAGUGGUCGGCCCCCAGUGACCCCCUGGACAUCCUGGUGGCAGGAUGGCUGUAUGACAGACCCUCCCUCUCGGUGCAGCCAGGCCCCAGGGUGGCCUCAGGAGAGAACGUGACCCUGCUGUGUCAGUCACGGAGCCCGAGGGACACUUUCCAUCUGUCCAAGGAGGGGGCAGCGGAUCCCCCCCUGCAUCUGAGAUCAGAGCACCGAGCUCAGCAGUUCCAGGCAGAGUUCUCCAUGAGUCCUGUGACCCCAGCCCACGGGGGCACCUAUAGGUGCUACAGCUCAAACAGCUCCUCCCCCUUCCUGCUGUCACUCCCCAGUGAGCCCCUGGAGCUCCUGGUCUCAGGAGUCGUCCCCAAACCCUCCAUCUGGGCUGACCCAGGCCCCAUCGUCACCAACGGGGGCUCUGUGACCAUCUGGUGUCAGGGGUCUCUGCAGGCUAGUGCCUACGUUCUGUAUAAAGACAGGGGCUCUGAGCCUGGGGAUACGAGGAUCCCACAGGACUCCAGCAACAAGGCCAGUUUUCUCAUUGGAGCCACGACCUCACACCACGCAGGGCUGUACCAGUGUGCAUAUUACAGCACUGGGGACAUACUCUCAGAGCAGAGUGACCCCCUGCUCCUGGUGGUGACAGGAGUGGGCGACGCACCCUCCCUCUCAGCCCAGCCAAGCCCUGUGGUGGCCUCAGGAGGGAACGUGUCCCUCUCCUGUAGCUCACGGUCCACAUCGGGCCCUUUCCAUCUGCUGAAGGAGGGAGGGGCUGACCCGCCCCGACACAUGGAAGCAGAACCCAGGAUGCAUGCUGGGAGGAGGCAGGCCAUCUUCACUCUGGGCCCCGUGAGCACCUCCCAUGGGGGGACCUACAGAUGCUAUGGUUCUUCAAGCGACUACCCCAAUGUGUGGUCACAGCCCAGUGCCCCUCUGCACAUCGAGGUCACAGGUGUGUACAGGGAGCCCGCCCUCUCGGCCCAGCCAGGCUCGCUGGUGCUGCCUGGACACAGCCUGACCCUCCAGUGCCACGCGGAGGCCGGCUUUGACACAUUCGCUCUGACCAAGGACGAGGGCCUCACACACCCCCAGCGCCUCCAUGGGCAGCACAGCCCCGACUUCCCCCUGGGCCCCGUGAACCGCACCCACGGGGGCUGGUACCGAUGCUACAGUGGACACAACCUCUCCUCUGUGUGGUCAGCCCCCAGCGCCCCCCUGGACAUCCUGGUGGCAGGAAUGUACACAAAACCCUCCCUCUCAGCCCAGCCGGGACCCUCAGUGCCCAGGGGAGCGACCGUGACCCUGCAGUGUGGGUCUGAGAUCUGGUUUGACACCUUCCACCUGCACAGGGAGGGCUCAGUGGACCCUCCCCUGCACCUUCGUCUUCAGGACAUGUCUGCACCCUCUCAGGCCACCUUCACCCUCAGUCCUGUGACCUCAGGCCACCAGGGGACCUACAGGUGCUAUGGCUCAAACAGCACCUCCCCCUACCUGCUGUCACAGCCCAGUGACCCCCUGGAGCUGGUGGUCUCAGAUCUCGAAUGGAACAUGAUCAUCUGGAUCGGUGUCUCGGUGGCCCUCGUCCUGCUGCUCUCCCUCCUUCUCUUCCUCUUCCUCCGCUUCCGGCGUCAGAGCAAAGGCAGUCCAUCAGAUGCUUCUGUGAAGGACCCACAGCCUGGGAAGAGCGUGGAGCUGGACCCUCGGAACAGGCAGGAUGAAGACCCCCAGGGAGUGACGUACGCCCAGGUGAAACACUCAAGACCAAGACCCAGACAGGGAAUGGCCAUCUCUCCUUCCUCCCUGUCAGAGGAAUUGCUGGACACAAAGGGCAGACAAGUGGAAGAGGACAGACAGAUGGACAGUCAGGCUGCACCUGAUGCCCCCCAGGAUGUGACCUACGCCCAGCUGAACCUCUUGGCCCUUAGACGGCAGACAAGUCCCCCCCCAACCUCCCCAUCAGAGGAUCCCCGAGAAGAGCCCAGCUUGUACGCUACUCUAGCCACCCACUAGCCCAGGAAGGACCCAGACCCCACGCUCCAGGGAGGGGACCUGCAGGGACCCCAGAAGGCAUGGGUACUUCCCGCAUGGACUCAGCUAGUGACCCCAGCCAGUCUGGAGACCAGACAAGCUCCCCCAGCAACUCCUGGGACCCUCUGGGAGUCACCCAGUUCUGUAAGCAAUAUGCCUACAUUUUGGAAUCAAAGCAAGACUUCUCAAUAAUCAAUGUGUGAAUUUAGAACAAAACAGAAGUGAAAGAAUGCUUUAAAUGAAUGACAAUGUAAAUAUCAUACAUCAAACCUAUGAAGUGGAACAUAGAAACAAUCUAAGUGUCCUUGAACCGAUAAUUGGAUAAAGAUGUGGUAACUAUACAAACAGAAUAUUUCUCAGCCAUAAAACAUGAAAUACUGCCAUUACCACAACAUGGAUGGAUCUGCAGAGUAUCACGCUAAGUGAAGAAAGUCAGAAAGAAAAGUACAAGAGCCGUAUAAUUUCACUCAUGUGUGUGAAAUAUGAACCUGAAGUAUCAUGUAUGUUAAAUACAUUGAAUCUCUAAUUAAAACUUUCCUGCAGCCCUAGCCGGUUUGGCUCAGUGGAUACAGCAUUGGCCUGUGGACUUGAGU